AUGCAUUUCGCCAAGCUCCUCAUCACUGUCAGCUCCGUUGUCGUUGGCAGUCAUGCCGUGGGUGUUAAGACCUACUCUGGUCGUGACUGUAGCGGCAAUGAAGAGGCCGUCACUGUCGAUGGCGGUAGAGCUUGUAAUGCCGACCUUCAGCGAUUCCAAUCUUACAGGGAGAAUGGGUUUGGGCCAGGCAACGGGCAGAGAAUUGCAUUCUAUGCCCAAUCUAGUUGCUCACAAGACUCAUUCCUUUAUGAUACAUACUCCAGGAACGGAGACUACUUCCAGUCUAAGAAAUGUUACAAUAUUGACGGGCAUUCUCCUGUCAAGUACGCGCAAGGCAUGAAGCUUUAUUAG